CUUGGUAUUGGCGGGUUAAUCGAUGAGUAAUCCGAAACGUCGAAGAUCCAAUGUAGAAUUUUUGGAUCUAAAAAACAUUAUUGAAUCUCCACCUAUGGAUCUCGAUGCUGAUCAGAAUAUCAGAAAGUCAAAAAGACUUCGUCGUGAUUCUGUAUGUCUAUCAAAGUCAGAAAGUAAAGAGCCUUCAAAACCAUCCAGAGCACCUCGAAGAAAGUCAUUGAGAUGCCCAUUAAAGCAAUUAAAUUCGCAUGAUAGUACAUCCACUAAUCCUACUCAACUAACUGUUCAAAUGAAAAAUGACCUACCACACAUGGAUGUUAGUUCUAUCAAUACUAUUUCAUUUGGUAAUCUGUCAAUUUCAUCACCAAACAAGUCAGAAAAUACUAAAUUAUCUCGUCCAAGUUCUUCAUUUAUUCCUGCAUUUGUUUCAGAUUUUUACCUCUCUAAAAGAUAUAUUCCCCCUAAGCACAGAGGGUUAGCCACAGUAGUUGAAGAUUCUGUUAAACGGAGUCAGCGACGUCCUAGAUCGUACAAAAAGACCGAACUUUCUCCAAUAAGACGACAAAUAUUUACAGGCCAAACUCUUGAGGAAGCUUGUGCCCCUACAGCUGCCGGUAUUGCUCCGCUAGACCCAGAACUUGUGUUGUCAGCUACACGUAAGCGUGUUAUCAGGCGUCAAAGGCUUGCGAAAAAGUUAGGGUUUCGUGGCAUUAGUAUAUCCAAGCAGACUGAAGAGAACUUUGCUAAAUUUCUUUCACAAUCAAAUUUGAAUUCUUCUCACAGUAGCUCAGCAUCUAUCUGAGAUUAAAUGCAAUUGUCCUUCAUAUUAAUCUCGUACUGCUUAUUGAUACCUACGUCUUUCAAUUAAAUAUCAAAAUUCAGACCCUCCUUGUUUUAUGAAAAUCUUUUAUUUAUAUGACAGAUAUUUCCACCAGUGUUCACAUAAAAUCUUGCAUACAUGGUUUGCAAAAGCAUCGUAAGAACUUCAUAUUCCAUCCCUUUUAUCUUGCAUAUGGUAUCGUGUCGUGUAUACUUUUUGAUUAAGUAUGAAACCUGUUCAGAUUUUUUACAACUUACGUUUACAAAACGAAUUUGACUUUUAACUCCCUUUAGAUUUUGUUACAGCCCAAAAUGUGGGGGAU